AUGGACGAGGGGAGGCAGAGAGACUGGGAGAUCCACCUCCGAUCGCUCUCCACGAACGCAAGGGACUUCGGGGCCGACCCUGCCGCAGACCCCGCCGUUGUCCGAUCGGUACGCCGUCAACACUCGCCUGUCGUCCGCCUUUUCGUGCUCCGAUUCUGACCUUUGUGCGAUUGUUUGGGUGGAUUCAAGGUGAGGAGCCUCUGCGAGAUCUGCAGGGAGGAUAAGUCGGAGGACCUCGUGGCCAAGGUGUACCCGAGCGUCAACAAGCUCUUCCAACGCUGCGUGGCGGCUUUGCCCCAGUCGCGCACCACCUACGGCCCACUCCUGCUGGUACUGUGAAUUACCAUUUAUGUUCCCGGAAAAUUGCUUUGUCGCCAUGGUUUGAAAGGUGAAUUAGCAUCAGUGCAUUUGGACAGUGGGCGGUUUGAAAUGGGAAAUCACUCUGGCGUAUCGGUUUAUAGUUACUAAUGGGAAUCAGGUGUUAAAUGGGUUUGUUUAAUAUAGUGUUUUGGAGAGUAGGUGCACGAUGGAGUAUAGGUUUGACGAGUUAACCAUUAAUGGCUUCUUCUCCACAUUUGGUAUCUCAUCAAAUGUCUGUAAUUGUCCUUAUGAAUAGUCACCGUUUUUUUGGGGAAUUUCAACCACAGAAAGGCUGGCUGCUUGCAGAAAGGAGUCUUCAUUUUUUCUCUUUUGGAUGGCGACGUUCUCAUAUUUUCUGAUAGUGUUCCAGUGUGUGUGUGGUGGCUUAUUAAAGAGAAGGCUAGGCUGUGUUAUCGCACAGUGGUUUGAGGUCAAAAGCUUGAAAUAGAGUAAAAUUUUUAACUCGAAUUUUAUCUAGGCAAGGUCACGAGGACUCGUACAGAGAGCCGAGGUAUUGAUCAGAAGACAGAUGGUGAACGAAGUCCUCGCAAAAUGCAUAGACUAAUACGUGGUUUGGCCUGGUGUAAUGGAGACUUGAUAACUACAGCAUUGGGUUUCUCAAUGGAUGGCAGUCGAACAAGGAUGUCUGCUGUGUAGCUUCACUGUGAGUGGUUUGGAACUUGCCAUCUCAGAUAGUUUGUCUUGUCUCAUGGUGAUGUCUAUUUUUAACUACAAAGUUGGUGUGAAAUUAAAGCUAUUUAUGACGUUGUAGAUAGAAUGGAAAAAAAGGAAAGGGAAAACAUUCAGCAGGAAUCUUGCUCAUCAUCUGGAUUCUAUGUUUAAAUUUUUAGUAUCCUAACAAAUGGAUUGAUUAUGUCUGAUAUUUCUCAAUACAGGCAAUUCUUCAAUUUUUUCUUGAUUUUGGGGAAGCAGUUCUGCAUGAUGCUGAUCCUAGCCUAAGGACAUUUUUGCGUUCUUGUUUGAGCCGGUAUAUGUUCCCUCCAUCAUUUGUAGAUUUAAGCAAUUUUUAAGGAUUUAUUUAAGUGAAACUCAUGGUUAAUUUCCUCUUGCAUGAAGCGUGACAGAAAAUAUUAUUUUCAUCUUCCUGCUCUGUACUUGAAAUGUUUUUCAUUAUUCGGACUAUAUGAUAUUCAUUUUGCUAAAAUGAAAAAUGGAAGAUACAUUUUUCUCACAUUUCUUUUUUUUUUUCACGCUAAAAAUUUAUACAUUUAUCAUCCAUUUAUGAUUGGAAUUGUGCUGUUAUUACCCUUUUGGUCAUAUUUUGUCGUGACAGGGUCACAAAAACGUUUUUUUAUCUUAUUUUCUAUUCACUUUCUUACUCUUAGGUUGACUCUGGGGAGUUGCUGCUAGCUUGUAUGAGGUUAAGUCACAUAGUAAUGAAGAUAGUUAUACCCAGAUUUUAGUUUAUGGGACUGCUUGUUAAUGUCCCUAUGUUCAAACUUGGUCAAAGUCUUUGAUCUUUUGUGGAUCUUAGACAGUUCCUGACUAUUGAGACGAUGCUUCUUAGUAUGGUGAUGUCCACACUAGACACUUUCGGAAAACAAAUCGUACCUUCUGCCUUCUACAAUAAACAGUAGUUCUGUUGACCUAAUUCGGCAUAUGUUAAACUCGUUUCUGUUUAUUUCUUUAUAAAUGAUUCUGAUGUGUGCUUAACGAUCUUUUUUGACUGGCAGACAACUUUAUGAUAUUUAUAUGUUUCCAUUUCGCGUUUUACACAAUAAGUACUUUACUUCUUGUCAUUUGAAUUUGAUGUCUUAACCAAUAUAUCCUUCGUGGCGUACAGAGAAUUUGCAGACCCUAUUGUGGCUGAAGCCACUCUAAAUUUUCUCAACCUCAACAAAACAAAAAUCGUUAGAUCUUUUCCUGCCUUACUUACUCAGGUAUGCCUCUCUUUAUGAUGUGGUGAUUUAAAGCGAUGAAUUCAUUUUUGCAACUGAAUAAUGCAAAAGAUAGUUACAUAUCUACGCAUCAAUUCCUUGCCUAUUGAUUCUGUAAGGUUGAGUAAAUCAAUCCUUUAAUCAAUGGUUUUGAUUGUAAAAACCCUCUAUUAAGCAUUUGAACUCACAUCCAAGAAAUAAGCCUGUUCUAUGACUCCGUAUGAGGCUUGAGGGUCGGUUACAUGACUGAUUCUGGGUUAAAAGCAAAGUCAGUUGAGGGCCAAUCUGGGGAAAUUCUUGAGACUCUUAUAGGUUAUAAGUUAAAGUAUCAUAGAGGAAGAGAGCUUGAGAUAUUGGGGUUGGGAGACCUACCAAUUUGGUGCAACCUCAAUGUACUUUUUUGUACUGUCUGUAGUGUGAGUUUGAAAAAGGACCCUUCACCCUUGUUGGUCAGCACAAGCAAGAUGCAUUGGAAUAGGAAGUAUUCAUCUCUCCCCGUGCGGUGGAAUUUGGUGGGGUGGGAGCAAGGUGAAAUUAUAGAAUAAUGAAACCUUUGGCGAAUCACAAUUAUUAAUCUUCUACUUGUGAAAGUUAAAGAAUUGAUUUUGGAGAUGAAAAUACAGUGCUUGCAAAAGAAAGGAGUGUUGGAGUUAGGGUAAAAUAAAAACACGAAUUACCUGGAUACGAAUGAAAGUAAAUUGAGAGAAAUGAGUGGUGCACUGAGGGAGAUACCAAAAAGGCUGCGAAUUCCGAUGCUGUAUCAUUGGCCUAACAGAGAAGACCUAAAUCGCUCAAAGUGGGAGACUGAUUGGCAAGAUAGAUGGCAACAGUACAUUCUAGGCUGCAUCUAUAGCUCGUUGGGGAAGAUAGAUGUUACAAGUAAGAUUUUUCAACAUGACAUUGAAGCAUUCCCAGACCAUUUCAGUGAGUAGAGAUAAAGGAAUGCGUCUUUAUAUGAAAGAUGUAGUUCUGUUUCUGACGAAUUCCUCUGAUAUUUACCAUAAUUAUGGGAUGUUUCGAAGGUUCACUAUAGCUGCAUUGGUAUGCGCGAAAAUUAGCGGAAGAAAAUUUGACUCACACCUCUGAUGAUAUGCAAUUAAAAAUAUGCAUGAUCAUGCACUGAAUAUCUUCCGAAAUUUUUUAGGUGAUAGUUCGACUUUCAUCCACUGACACAAUAUAUGGUUGAACAUUAGUGUUAUGUUGUUGACAUUCCUUUUUUUGGGGGGAGAUAUUUAAUUGACUGCGAGAGGACUUGAAUGCUAAAUGUUGUAUUAUUUGGGAUUACCUUCAACAUAUGCAUUGUACAAGUUGUUUUUUCCGUCCACUUUUAUUGUAAGCAUAUUCACAAUUUUUUAUAUGCUUGAGCUUUUGCCUUUUUCUUUCCCCUUCCUUUCCAAAGAGAUAAGCUGUUCUUAUUGUAAAACGAAAGUAGAGUUAGGGAAUACUAUAUAAAUGUGAAAAUGUACGUUUUAAUGUCUAUUUUAGGAAAUCAAAUAGUGAAGUGUCUUCGCAUUGUGUAGAUAUUAGGUCUCUUCCAAACCAUUUUUAUUUAUUUUAAUUACUGUAUUGCAGUUCUUCCCAUUGCUGCUCAAGUUAAUUGCCUGGAAUGGUGAAAGGUAUGGGUUGUGUUCUGCUUGAUUUUCGUUGAUAUUUAUGACUAGUGACUUAGCUAUAUAUUACAAUAUCUGUACGCGAUGUAGAUUCAUUCUUCUUAUUGUCAAUUCAUACUUUUCCUCUUGUACUUCAAAUCUUAAGUAGUAUGAGUUUCUUUUCUGUAAUUAGUGGUCCCUUACGGUUCCCUCUUACUCUCUGCAGAUUGGAGUCUUUGUUUUCAAAAGUUCUUCCAGGAAUGAUGUCUCCUGGAUCAAUUCUUCCACUUCUUCCAUCACUUGUAGAUUUGCCAAGUAAGCCUUUUUGGAUUUUGGAUAUUACAUUGUGUUGUUAAUUGUUAAUUUGAUUCCUUAGCCGUAAUCAUUUAUGGCUGGUACUGUCGGCCUUUUGUCUCAUAAUAUAAAGAAUGCUAGAAGUGCCUGGUGAAAUCCUGUUUCUUAUUUUUUCAGUGGUCUGCUUUCAUUAGGGCAUUAGUACUUGGAUAUGCUAGAAGUCAAUUAGGACCUUUUUUUCUAAUUAGUUGGGGUCAAUAAAGUUUUAUGAGAAGAGGUGACUGCUUGAGGUGUUGAAUUUUAGAUUUAGGGUCAUUCCAUGUGUUUAUGCUCAUGUGGAAACAAUGUGAUGUAUAUUUCAACCUAUUUGGCUAAUUUCUUCAAUCACUUGUCAUGACUUUUUUUUCAGAUCAAAUUUAACUUUGCAUGAAUGCCAACUUUUCAGAAUUUCCAUAUGCAAAUUUUUGUAGAUCUAAUACCCCACAAUCAAGUUUUAUGUGUGUUGGGAAUUUUCUAUGGCAGUGUCAAAGCCAGUGCAUGUACCAUGUAACCACCGACAUGGGUGAGCAUAAUUAAUCAAACAAGUAUUUACUCAUCUGGAAAAUAUGCAACUGCCUUUAUGUAUUAUACGAGAUGAUGCCGUUACAAACAAGAAAUGGGGAGUCGCCCUUUUUGUUUGAUGCUAUAUGAUUUAAGAUACAGGUUGUCUACCACACACACGCAUCCCUCUCAUUCCCAAGGAUAUACAUUAUGAACUGUGGCAUUAUCGGUUUUUUUUAGAAAAGAAACCUUACCUUUAUGGCACAUUUGCUAGAUGGUGUUAUCAUAAUGUAACAUUCAAAACUGUCCCUAGGACACAGUGUAUCAGAACGUGGCUUAAUCGUCAUAUUCUUCAAAGUACAUCAACUUUCUGAACUAACUUUAUUGAAUUUGACAUAGAGUGAAUUUGACAUCGCAUUUAGGGAAGGAUCUGGAAAAUGUGCAAACUCCAUUGAUUCCUACACUGUAACGCCUAAUGUGUUAUAGAAAGGACUAAAGUACAAUUACCAUCAGAGAACAAAAUGCAGCUUGCCAACCAAACUAGCUGUUGGUCAGUCAAUUUUCAACUUCUAACUAAUAGGACGUUUUUGUAUGUUUGAAUUUCUCACACUUCAUCAGAAUGAAUGGUCAUCAAGUUUCGACUUCUAACUAAUAGUAUUUGAGUUUUCAACGUUGACUCCCUUAGCUAUUCCUGUUUUAGGGUUACCUAGUUUUUAAUUGAAGCUCAAUGUCGUUAUGCUCUUGUUUUGCUUGAGAGUCAUAUUUUGUUUGCCCUUGUUUUUACAAAAACUAUUUAAUUAUUUGCAAUUUCUGUCGUCAGUACACUUUUUCACGUUUUAGUUGAACUUUAUUUAUUUUUCUAUUUCUUGAGUUUGAUUUUGAACUAUCCUUGAAUCCACAAGGGUUAGGAAACGCCCCUUGAAUUCGCAAGCUUUGCUUGAACCACAAGCACUCAGAAAUCUCACAAAGAUAAUUAAAAUCGAUCCUUGAAUCCACAAGGAUGAAAAUAAGGCCCCCUUGAAUCCAGAAGUGUUAUUUGAAUCCACAAGAAAAAAGGAAAUCUCUAAAAGAGAACAAAAAUUUGUAUUAUUCAUCCUCCUUGGAGUCAUAGCAUGCUAGCCUUUAAAUAGGCCAAAAAUCUGCUGUAAGUUUCCUAGAAAAUUGGAUCAGUUACGAAAACAAAUUUGAAACGGCCUAAGAUCAAAAUAGUCACUAAAACUGAAAACUGACGUGUUAUUCACGCGAUUUAUUUGGGCUUAAUCUUAUUUUGGGCCUUCAAACGUUUUUAGUCCACGUUUUUACGUUUUCAAGCCACUUAGGUCAAAAAAAUUUCUACUCUUUUUUCUUAGUGAUGUGCUACAUCAUAGGUUGAUUGUCAAAGUUACAUACUUUUUGAUUUAGAUUUGCGAUUUGGAAGGAUAACAAGUACAAGAAAUCUGAUAACAUGACUGAAUUCAAUUGAUUUAUUUGAAAGCUUAAAGUGGAGACCCCUACAGUUCGAUGGGAUCUGGGCAUUUAGAGACACUUCUGAUGGGCAACUGUUAGGCGUUUGAUGUUCUAUUUUCAUUGCAGCAACCUUUCUGACGUUUCCAUCGGCCUACCUUUUGUGGCGUUCCCUUCUUGUUUUAAUAGAUCCACAAUCAUUAAGACAACCUUUGGGUGUGCUGGCGAGUCUUAACUAGCAUGAUUUAUUUGCUUGUUGUCCUUUGGGGAUUCUAUUAGACAUAUGCCAGUGGGGGGCUAUUGAUACUUCAGUGGAUUUGGGACAAUGGGUUCUUCUAGAACCUUAUUGAAGAUUUGGAGCAUCUCAUCCUGCAUUUUUUAAUUUUCUGAGCAGAUUUAUAAGUCAACAGUCUCCACCGAGCACGUUUUUCUCCAGAUGUAUUCCUAUUAGUUACAGCUUAGGCUACAUUAUUAGAACGCUGAAGUUAGCGUGAAGGUGAUUGGUCAGAAUUUCAUCAUCAUUACCAUUAGGCAUCAUUACCUCAGUACUAAACUAUCUACGACACUGAAUAACAAACGUUCUAUACAAGAGAAGAACAAGAUGCUCCUCUUCUAUUGCAAUGAAAAGUGUCAUCACACACGACUUGACAGACACUGCUGAAAUUGAGAGUCAAGUGCUGAUUGUUAGUUUUUGUUGUAACAUUCUCGGUUUUCGAGCAUAGUUAACUUGUUUGAAGAUUCGUGCACACUAGUCUUGUCAAUGAUGUUGGAGUUCGAUGAGAAAUAUUGCUCGAUAGCUUGAAACAUAAACGUAUAGAAAGGCUGUAUAUAUUUACAUAUUUAUUCUUGUUAGGCUUGCACGUUUAAUAUUCAUGAAUGAAAAUUUGGUUUCCUUCUAAUCUAUUCAUGUGUGCCAUACAUUCAUCGUCAUCAUCUAUAAACAGUACUAGUUGUGGCACUGGAAAAGGUAGAAAGGAACUCAGGGACACUCGUGGGUAGUAGCAUUGCAACUAUCCAGAAGAGUACGGCCCCAGAGGUAAAGCAUCCAUAAUUUUCUGUAAAAUAAGUUUUGUAAGCACUAUGUUUUGAUACAUUCUUCUUCUCACAGAUGCUCCUUGCGCUCAUGGAUGAAGCUUAUACUGGCACGACCAUAAAAGAUAGAGGGGUUGGCUCAGGAUCCGAUGAUAGUGACGCCAUUGAUGUUGCUGAUUCACUUUUUCUUGACCUUCUCAAGGAUGAGAAUGAUGGCUUAGCCGUAUGUUAUUUUCUUUAAAACAUAAUAUAUUUUGGAAGUCUCCAUGGUGCUUAUUUUUGAUUGUCCAGAACUUUGAUUAUAUUUCCUUUACAAUUAGGGCCAUAGACUUCAGGUACUAUUAAUGCUCUUUAUCAAAUUGUUACUGAACGUUUUUAUCUUUUACUGAUUAAAUUUUAGACCCUAGAAACUGAAAUAACCUCAUGAAAAGUCUAAACUUAUUUGACCAAACAAUAAAGGAAAUUAACUCUCUAAGGAUAUGGAAAGUAAAUGCGCUUGAUGUGAAUGCUGCUGGGAUAUCUUCUUAAUUUAUGGGUUCAAAUUUCAAUUGGUCAUAGUACGAAGAACUGUACUUGUUCUGGUGCUAGGCAAUGGGUAACCUCUAUGUCAUGACCUUUUCUAAUUGUUAUCUGCAAAUUCAGGAAAGAAUAUUAGAGAAUAAUGUUACUGAACAUUUUUGACUCUUUGUAUGGUUACUAAUUAACACUUUAUUGAUAAAAGUAGGACUUGCAAGGCAAAUGACAGUAGUUUGUUAUAGUGUAGUGAUAGUCUACUUUGGUAAUGUUGUGCCCUUUUGAACAACUGUGGCUUCUAAGCUACUACCAGGGUUACUUUAUCUUGUUCACAACCUAGAGAGCAAGAUAGUACCAUUGUAGUGUGUGGUCUGUGGCACAUAUGCCUAUUACUAAAGGGAUAUUGAACAGAAAUGUAGUGAUUGAAUAAAGGUUGAAGUGGGAGACUACAACUGUUAGAAGACCUUCAAACAGAAAUUAGGUCCAAGUGUAAUGAAUUAACACAAGGGCGUCUGGAGAAAGAAAUCCAAGAAUAUGUAGUUCUUUCUGCAUACGUCAGAGGACAACUUUAACACACUGUGUUUUAGUUCUCACUUCCGUUCUCAACCUCCUGCAGUAACAUAUAACGAAAUAUAAAGAAGAUGAAGAAACUAAUGGUUCAUAGUUGAUGAUGUUUUUUUCUGGGGGAAGAUAUGGAUGAAGGAUAGUGGACUGCACACUAAUUCGUUGAACAAGCAGAAGAAUAGCUUUCCUGAUUUGUGCACACUGUGCUUUGUAGGAUUUGUAGGUAUGGAAACUAUAGCUAGAUAAAGGACAGAGUUAUCAAUCUGCUACAUUCAUUAAAGUAGGGGAAAAAAUAAACCAAAGAAAAAUAACCAAAAACAAGAAUUCUGGCACCUAACUAGGGUUAUUGGAUCAAAACAAUUUUGGAACCAAUAAUCAAGGAAACCUGAAUCUCCUAAAGUGACAUUAGGACAUAUCUCUGUGAGCAGGUUUUUGAGCAUUGUGUGGCUAGCCUGAAUGGCGCAAUUUAUGCUACUGCUAUUGCGAGUGAAAAAUUUGGUCCCUGGAGACUACGGUAGUGGGAAUUCCGAAAUUUAGAAUUGAUUCAUCUCUGAGCUCGGUUUUUAACUUUAGCUCUUAACAAGUUUGAGGUAGGCAUUUUCCAUAAUACUUGUUUGCUUGAAUGGAAUCCCAUUGGUGAAAUACAAUGGUACCCAAGAUGAUAAGCUAGCAAACAUAUACCUAAGGUGCACAUGAUCUCUCGUGAGUGUAAUUUUUCCUCUGUUUUAUUUCAUAUUUUUGUCAUUUGUGCUUUAAUCACAUAUCUAUCACUUGCUGCAUUCCUUCCGAAAUAAUUGUUUGUCCCAGUAUUUGCUUCCCUUUUAUAUAAUGCUAUCUUUCACCUGCAAUCAGUCUCCUGUCAUUGACUGUUGGUAUAAUCCAAGGUUAUAAAACUCAGGCAGUGAUAAAAGAGAAUAAUGCUCCAUAUUAUGUUUCUCGUAUGAUGGUCAGGUUUCGUAGUGUUUUAACCAUGUGAAUAUUAAAUUCGUUCUUUCUUGUAAGUUUCCUGUUCUUUCCUGUUAUUCUUUUCAACAUAUUAAAUUACAUUUCCGGAUGUUUCACUCAUAAUCGUCUUUGACCUUUCUGAGACAAAAAGUUAUAAGAUACAAUGGUCAACAGCGUUAUUACAUGAUUUCAGGCACGACAUUGGACAUCUCCUGAUAUGGAAGCGGCUCUACAGGCAUCUGUUAACGCCCCCCUUUCUGAUAGGUUAAGACAGGCACUCCGGAUGACUCCACAUUUUCUUGAUGUGUAUUUUGGGAUUGCACUACGUGAUGCCAGUGACUGUAUGUUUUUUUUGCAUUUCAAGGUCUUACAUUUUAUUUCUUCUUGUAAUAUAUUUUCGUCUUGUUCACCUUUAAUUUUUUCUCAUGACAUUUCUAAUUUAAAAUUUAAUAAAUUGUUGUUUCUGCAGCACUGGUUUGUGCUUUAAUCCCACUUCUGAUGUCCAGGAAUGCUACAAUAUUUCCUGAUAAGAUUUUUUCUUUUGAGGUUUGUGAAUUGGUUCUUUUUGCAAUGUAUAUGUCAUCUGCUUUUCUUUCCAUGCAGAAUUCAAACUUAUAUUCAUCAGCUUUUCUUGGAACCUCUAGGAAUACUGAACAAUACUCUUUUGGGAUUCAUCGACCAGUAAGUUGAGUGUAUAUGGUGUAGUCUUUCAUGAUCCACUGCAGACUCAGCCAAACAAGUGGUGGAUAAGAAUAAUGAACUAACUCAAUCAAUUGAUUCAUCUGCUUUAGUCAUUCCCAUGGGAAGCCCUCCUGAAUUUGAAUCAAGAAUUUGGUUCUAUGGUGACAAUGUAUUAAUAUUUUAUUUAUUAUAUUUUAUUUUGUAAGAUGUGGUGACAUAGCCUUGUUGGUUUCAUUUUCUGUUAUAGAUUUUAAUUAAUUUGAAUAUUUGGUUUGUUUGUUGACCAUUAUGUUUAUUAGAUUUACAACGAAAUUUGAUUGAUAAUGAUGGUUUAAAUUAUGAAUGUUGAUUAAUGUUCAAAAAGUUGUGUGAAAUUAGAGUCUGUUCCUCGAUUUUGCAUGUAAAAAGCUUCUUUGCAUGGGAAACUCAAAUGAAGGCAUAGGUUUUUUUGUGAACUUUUGGCAACGUUGACAGGAACAUGACAUCAUGUUCCCCUUUUUAGCGUUUUAGUUUAUCCUUGUUCUAGUGUUGAUACGGGAAUGAAUGAAAAUAGUCCAUCACAGGUCUUAUUUACAGUAUGAAUUCAUAUUUAGGAAGUUCCCUGCUCAACUUCUGCAUGUAAAUUGUCUCUUGAUGGUUUCUCUCCAUAUCUAAACCAUUUGAAGAUUCUGAGGCUCCAGUUCUUUAUUAUUGGAUGCAAAACUUAAAAUCGACCAUAGUUAGAGUAUCUUAUCGUUAUUAUUUUUCAUAUCAAAUUUCAGGCCUUACAAUCUGCAAAUAUUGGUAUCAACUUUGUUAAGCUGAAGUAGAAUCUUAUGACUGCAUAUACUACGGCUGCCAGAUAGGCAUUCAGAUGUCAUACUGAAAUAUUUGCGAAAGAUCAAAAGACUACAGAUAUAAUAUAUUUCUGUUUCAAUCCGUAAAUACACUGUUGGGAAUUAUCAAUAAUAUAUUGAUCUGACAAAAAAAAUGUGAAAACAAGGAAAAGAGAAACGGAGCUAUUUGAACGUGAGUGGAAACAUAUACAUUAAUAGUACUUUUUGUAGAAAUCGGAGAAUAACCUCUGUCACAGAGGACAGAGGGGAGAAUGACGGAAAUCGCCUCAAUUUCCAUUCACCUCUUACUCCCCUUAUAUAGGGAGGAACCUUAGACAGGUGUCCCAAAAAUACCCUCAAUCUUUUACAUUAUUCCUCAUGACCUAGAACUUCCAACACUUUUUCAGCAACAGCAGAACAGUAGAUCAGAAACAACAGCGGAAGUUCUUCUUCUUCAUCAUCAUCUUCUACCACUGCUUCUCCUAUCUCUUAAGCUGUUAUUAGUACUUUUCAAAUGGCAAUCACAGUCCUGUGCCUAAGUGCCAUAUUUUUGUAGGUACGGAGGAGGUUUUUAGCAUUUAUGCUCGAUGCAUUUCAACGUUGGCCUGAAUUUAUUGCAAUUCUGAAGGUAACACCCAAAUGCUUCAUUAGCUUCUGUAUUUGAUGUCUCUCUGUCAGGAUAUUGUGUACAGAAUUGGUCUUGAAAAUACACUAUAUCCUGUGAUAAGGCAUUUUCUGUCUUCCUGGUUGUUAAACAGAGGACUAGAGUAGCAAAAUCUUAUUAUUAUUAUUUUUUUGUGUUCAAUGUCUGUCCAACCGUUUUCUGUAUUAGAACAGGAUAAAGAUAUCGUUUCCCUGUGAGUAUCAUUCAUUGUCCAGAUACUACAUGAAAAAGACGUCUAUUUUAGGAGAAGUUAAAAACCAGAAGUAUUCAUGAUUCUGUGAUCCGUUAUUGGUGUGUAAAUAUUUCCUAUAUGGUUUCAUCCUGAGAGAGGAGAUAUUGCUAUUUGUUUACAUUUGAUUGUUUUAUUGAUAUGGAACUUUUACAAUGAUCUUGCAGAAGCCUGUUGUUGAUAGACUUGCUGAGGCAUAUGGUACCCCUGAAAAGGUAAUUAUUAUUUGAGACGUGGUCUUUGCUCUACUUUGUAAGGAAUCUGAAAGCUUGCGAUUUGGAGUUCAUGGAUCUAUUUUUUGUGGUUCCAAGUUGAAUUUUAGGUUUGCUAUUUGUGCUUGCAGUGUGUGUCAGUGGCUUAUUCAAUCAAUGAUAUCCUUUCCAUCCUCCAGAUGCAUCCUGCUCUUUUUCUUGUUUCUGUUAUUUUUGUGUAGGGAUCUGCUGCUUCAUGUUUCUUCGAAUAGCUCUUAUCUUUUUCCAAUUCGCAAUGAUGCAAUGCUGACAUAGACACCAUGAAGUGAAGAAAUAGAAUAAUAAUAAUAAAAUAAAUUAUAUGGUUUAAAUAGUUGGUCUGAACAUGAUCGUCGGCUUUUUUUUUUUUCGAAUUUGAGAGGUACAUAGAGUUUUACCUUCAUCCCAUUAUCGGUAGUGAGGAGGGGUGGGUAGCAUAUUUGUGUUGCCCUUGGCGAUGCUGCAUAGAAUGGUUUAAACCUUCUGGCGUUCAACUUAAGUCUUCAAUCUAGCCUUUCUUCCUGUGGUAAGGAGGCUAUAUUCAAUAAUCCGCCUACGAACGGUGUCAUCAUCAUCAUCAUCAUCAUCAUCAUCUGACCGUCCAAACGGUGUCACUGUGAAUGGGCUAUCUUCAAAUCAUGGAGUGCACAGAGAUCUAGAGAUGGAUGGCUCUCUAUACAUGGCACCACUACCAUAAAUAAAAGAAAGGGUUCAUGAAAUCCAUGCUGUGCUAAAUAUGCAAAAGCCUUACAAAGUUUGCAUUAGGCUUAUCAAUAGUGAUGCUCCAGGUUAUGAUCGUAUGCGAGACAAGCUUCCUGUACUUAGAGUGGAGAAUAGACAUGAUCCUGAAGAAGAAAAAUAUUUGGGUGGUAAUCGAGUCUAGUGGAAAUAACAUCUUCAAACUAUUGUACCACAAAUAGUGCUGAAGAAAAUGACACAAAUGCGUCCGUCUGCUAAUCAUGUAGAUUCGAACUGAGGCUCUACUGAUCUGCCAGUAGAAAAUUGAAGUAUGAAUUCUCUCAUAUGAAUUUGAAUUAGUGCACUAAUAAUCCGCCUAUAGACAUGAAAUAGCAGAUGAUGAUCUAAACUCCCAUGUUACUUGUGGAAUUCGUAAAGGAAUACCCCUGAGAUGUCAUCUGUACAGACUGAGUUGGCUCUGCACCUUUGUUGGGCCAUUGGGGAGCAUGGAGGUGGAGGGAUCUCACACAAAGAUACUGCUCGUGAGCUUUUCGAGAGCCUAGAACUGCUGCUAUAUGAAAACAUUUCAUCCAGGUUGGUCUUUGAUCUCAGUGAACUGAAUUGCACGUCGCUUUUGGGUAUUCUAAGUAAAGAAGAAAAAAUCAUCUAUCUCAACUCCUGCUUCCUUUUUUUUUUUUUUUCUUUCUUUUCUGGAAGUCGGUUGGGUCUCAGUAGUCAGGAAUCAGUUCUCAACCCGAACGGCGCAGCCGCCUGGAAGUCUUCCCAAUCUAGGCUGCUUUGCUUUGUAGUCACUGCCAUUGCGAAGCUGGCUACAUCCCACCAUGAGUUGCUUCCAAGGGCUCGAGUGUCCCUAGCCAAGGUGCGUCUGCUUCCAAACUAUGAGAUAAUCCUUCAGAUUAAAACAUAAUUUCUAUGUGUAUUAUCGCCCAAAGAUAGUUUACAUCUGAAAUAAAUUUCUUCUAGGUUGCUCGAUCUCAAAACUUGGACAGAAUGGUGUGGAGGCGGGCGUGUGACUACCUGAGCUUGAUGGAUGAGCCGGCGAUCUGCCAGUCUGUUCUUGGACCCCCAAGUGUUCAGGGAAAUGGCCCUGGCACGGUCAGGUGGGGCGAAGGAGGUUCAAAGAUGAUCGCCCACGUCCCAUUUUACAUUCUCAGUGAACAUGAAGGUAAUUCUUGCUCAUGGUAGUGAAUCUAUCAGGGAUCCAAGGAAUCUAUAUGUCGGGUGAAAUCAUAUUUAUGAAUAUUUUAUUUGAGAUCGGAUGUGGGCGAUGCAGGAAGAACAGAAAACAUGUUGGACUUUCUCUCUCUAGCCCACCUGGUACUGGAGGUCACAGGAGCCCAUCAGGAUCCAUAAAAGGGAAUAAGGGGCCCCUUUUGCUUUUUUUUUCUAUCUUUAGCCGAUAUUUCACCAUCCCUUAUCAAGAAAUCCCAGCUCCGUUCCCCUACAAUGGGUCUUGUAUAUUUUGCUUUGGUUAAGGGUUGACCUGCCUUCUGUUCGAUCCUCUGUUUGCAGGUCCUCCUUUCUAUGACUUCUCAUUCUCAGACAUCAUGCCAAAGAGCUAG